GUGUUUGGUAUGCGGACGAAUGAGACGGGAUAAUAUUGGAUGGAAUUUGAUUAGAACGACAUGAUUGAGGUUGACAGAAAUCUUUCUGGUUUUUAAUGGCGAUCUUCAUCACUUUCAUAUCUUCUUCCCACGCUAGAACCUUCGAAGUUGGUGGUAAAGAUGGCUGGACCUUAAACCCUUCUGAAAACUACAAUAAUUGGUCUGGCAGAUUGAGGUUUCUAAUCAACGAUACCCUUCAUUUCAAGUAUAAUGGUGGGUCGGAUUCUGUAUUGGUGGUGAAUAAAGGUGAUUAUGAUAUUUGCAAUUUGAAUUCUCCGAUCAUGAAGAUGGAAGGUGGUGAUUCGUUGUUUAAAUUUGAUCGAUCGGGUCCUUUUUACUUCAUUUCUGGUAAUAAAUCGAAUUGCGAUCAAAAUCAGAAGCUGAUUGUCGUGGUUUUGGCCUUAAGAAACCGAUCGCCGCCUCCCGCCGCCGCUACUCCGCCGUCUCCGUCAAGCCUACCACCAGCUCCCGCCGUGUCUCCAGUCGUUCCACCGUCACCUUCUUCACCAUCUCCGGCUGCUAUAUCUCCUGGUUCACCAUCUCCAGCGGCUGUAUCCCCUGGUUCACCAUCUCCAGCGGCUGUGUCUCCUGGUUCGCCACCUCCGGCCGCCGUAUCUCCUGGUUCACCGACGUCAACGCCAUCUGGAACACCGGUUUUGAAUCCACCAGCGACUUCUCCUGGUGGAGGAAGCUCGUCUUCUCCCGGUGGAGCCACCGGAGAAUCUCCUGGGAGUAAUAAUCCGGCAGACGUGAAUAGCCCACCACCACCAUCACCGUCGGCAUCGCCGGUGGCGCUUUCCGGUACCGUAGCUGCUUCACUUGCCACGAUGAUCUUUGCUUUAUGGUCAAUUAAUUAAUGAAUUUAAACAGAAAUUUGAAGGAUUUGAUUGUAAUAUUAUAAUAUUUUUCUUGGAUUGAUACAAGUAGUUGAGUGUUAAUAAUUUAGAGUGAUUAAUCUCCAAUACCAUAUUUGUAUGCAUCAUACAUACCUUCAUCUUCAAUAAAAUGUCACAUCUUUCCAUCUCU